AUGAGGGGUGCUAUCCUUUUUUUUUCGCCCGCGCCGCAGGCGAAGCGGCGGUGGGGCGCCGGCACGGGUGGUGCCCCUCGGGCGCAGGGGGCGGGAGCCCCGAAGGGGGCGGCGAAGCGCCGCGCCACAAGUCGAAAACACGGAAGUCCGGAGGAACGGCUGCAGAAGAGCCGGGCGCACGCAAUGAUACAGGCUUCGUCGCUGGUUCCUGCGGCGGGGGCGCAGUCCGGGCGCGCUCGAAUGCUAUCGACGCCCGGGAAGGCGGUGGCAGAAUUCGGCCCUAAAAGGCCUGCGUGGAUGCCCUUUGGGCUGUCUGGGCCUCGAGGGUGUUUCAGAUACAUGUUGUUUUGUGUGUUUCAACGUCUUUCGUGCGCCGUGUGGGUUGGUGGGUGGGGUGUUUUUGUGUGGGGUGUGGUUGUGGGGCGCGUGCGCGUCUGGGAUGGUUCUGUCGCUUUGUGA